UGUGCAGGAAUUAAAUAGCUGGGGAGGAGGGGGUCUUUUGUUGAUUUCACCUCUUCUAAAGGAAUAAGCAGGGUGACUAGUUCUGCAAGGACACAAGUGUGCCUCUUUAUAUUAAAGAAUAGCUGGCUUGGGUGGCUUAGCUGUGACCAGAUGCCUGCUUGAGGAUGACCUGCUGAGGGUGGAGAUUUGUUGUUACUGCACUGGAUUAAUAUUUUUACACUAGAUUUGUUUUCAUACGUUGGUGUUGUAUAAACCCCCAAAGCUGAUAUGGCAGACCCGGCGGAAUGCAGCAUUAAAGUAAUGUGUCGCUUCAGGCCAUUGAAUCAGGCAGAGAUACAGAGGGGAGACAAAUACAUACCUAUAUUUAAGGGUGAUGAUACAAUAGUGAUUGGGCAAUCAAAGCCCUAUGUGUAUGAUAAGGUGUUCACUCCCAACACCUCUCAGGAACAAGUUUACAAUGUCUGCGCUAAACAGAUUGUCAAAGAUGUUUUGGACGGCUACAAUGGGACAAUAUUCGCUUAUGGUCAGACCUCAUCUGGAAAAACACACACAAUGGAGGGAAAAUUACAUGAUCAUCAGUUGAUGGGAAUAAUUCCAAGAAUUACACAUGACAUUUUUGAUCACAUUUAUUCCAUGGAUGAAAAUCUAGAGUUUCACAUAAAGGUCUCAUACUUUGAAAUUUAUUUGGACAAAAUUAGAGAUCUAUUGGAUGUAUCAAAGACAAAUCUUGCAGUACAUGAAGAUAAAAAUAGAGUCCCUUAUGUAAAGGGUUGUACAGAGAGAUUUGUAUCCAGUCCUGAGGAAGUGAUGGAUGUAAUAGACGAGGGAAAAGCAAACAGGCAUGUUGCUGUUACAAACAUGAAUGAACACAGUUCCAGAAGCCACAGUAUAUUUUUAAUAAAUAUAAAACAGGAGAACAUAGAAACUGAGAAAAAACUAAGUGGGAAGCUUUAUCUGGUUGAUUUGGCAGGAAGUGAAAAGGUCAGCAAAACUGGAGCUGAGGGAGCUGUUCUGGAUGAAGCCAAAAACAUAAAUAAGUCUUUAUCUGCUUUGGGCAAUGUAAUAUCUGCUUUGGCUGAAGGAACUAAAAGCCAUGUUCCAUACAGGGAUAGUAAAAUGACACGAAUACUUCAGGAUUCCCUUGGAGGAAAUUGUCGAACUACUAUUAUAAUCUGCUGUUCUCCAUCAAUCUUCAACGAUGCUGAAACAAAGACGACACUAAUGUUUGGACAGAGAGCAAAGACUAUUAAGAACACUGUUUCUCUCAAUCUUGAGCUUACUGCAGAAGAAUGGAAGAAGAAAUAUGAUAAAGAAAAAGACAAAAACAAAACACUCAAGAAUAUUAUUCAACAUCUUGAGAUGGAGCUGAACAGAUGGAGGGGAGGUGAAGCUGUGCCUGUAGAUGAACAGACAAGUGCAAAGGACCAGAAAACCCUGGAGCCUUGUGACAACACUCCCAUCAUUGAUAACUUUUCACCAGCUGUUGCAAGCAUCUCGUCAGAGGAGAAGAAGAAAUAUGAUGACAACAUAACAUCUCUGUACAGACAGCUGGAUGAUAAGGAUGAUGAAAUCAACCAACAGAGUCAGUUGGCAGAAACAUUAAAGCAGCAAAUGCUGGAUCAGGAUGAGCUUUUGGCAUCCACACGUAGGGAUUAUGAGAAAAUUCAAGAAGAACUGACUCGCCUACAAAUAGAGAAUGAUGCAGCUAAGGAUGAGGUGAAGGAAGUGCUACAAGCCUUGGAGGAACUUGCUGUAAAUUAUGAUCAGAAGUCUCAGGAAGUGGAAGACAAAACCAAAGCCAAUGAACAGCUUUCUGAUGAACUGACCCAGAAAACUACCAGUCUUAUAGCAACCCAACGUGAGCUUAAUCAGUUGCAGGAACUGAGCAACCAUCAAAAGAAAAGAGCUACUGAGAUCUUAAAUUUAUUGUUAAAGGAUCUUGGAGAGAUUGGAGGAAUUAUUGGCACAAAUGAUGUGAAAACGUUGGCAGAUGUUAACGGAGUUAUUGAAGAAGAAUUUACUAUGGCUCGUUUGUAUAUUAGUAAGAUGAAAUCUGAAGUUAAAUCUUUGGUGAACCGAAGUAAACAACUGGAAACUGCUCAGAUUGAAGCAAACAAGAAAAUAAAUGCCAGCGAGAAGGAACUUGCAGCUUGCCAGCUUUUAAGCUCACAGCACGAAGCAAAGAUAAAGUCCCUUACAGAUUAUAUGCAAAACAUGGAACAUAGAAGGAGACAGCUGGAGGAAGCACAAGAUGCUCUUAAUGAGGAACUGGCAAAACUUCAUGCCCAAGAAAAAAUGCAUGAAGUUACUUUUAAAGAUAAAGAAAAGGAGCAUUUGACCAGACUUCAGGAUGCUGAGGAAAUGAAGAAAACCUUGGAGCAACAAAUGGAGGGUCACAGAGAGGCUCAUCAGAAGCAACUGUCCAGGUUGCGUGAUGAAAUUGAAGAGAAACAGAAGAUAAUUGAUGAACUGAAAGACUUGAGCCAGAAACUGCAGCUUCAGAAAGAUAAACUAACAUCUGACUAUGAGAAGUUGAAAGCUGAGGAUCAAGAAAGAGAAAUGGAACUGGAGAAACUUUUGAUUCUUAAUGAGAAGAGGGAACAGUCUCGCGAAGACCUUAAAGGCUUGGAAGAGACAGUGGCCAGAGAACUCCAGACCCUUCACAACUUGCGCAGGUUGUUUGUUCAGGAUCUUACCACUAGAGUCAAAAAGAGCGUUGAGCUAGACAAUGAUGAUGGAGGAGGUAGUGCUGCCCAGAAACAGAAAAUAUCCUUUCUUGAAAACAACCUUGAACAACUCACCAAAGUUCAUAAACAGCUGGUACGUGAUAAUGCAGAUCUUCGUUGUGAGCUUCCUAAAUUGGAAAAACGUCUUAGAGCUACAGCUGAACGAGUUAAGGCCUUGGAAGGUGCCCUUAAGGAAGCCAAAGAGAAUGCAAUGCGUGAUCGUAAGAGAUAUCAGCAGGAGGUAGACCGAAUCAAGGAGGCUGUGCGGGCCAAGAAUAUGGCGAGGAGGGCACACUCUGCGCAGAUUGCUAAGCCAAUCCGGUCUGGUCAUUACCCUGCAUCUUCUCCAACUGCCGCUCAUUCCAUCAGAGGCGGUGGUGCGUCUGUUCAUCCUUCCUACUACCACAAGUAAAUUGCAAACAGAAAAUACCAUCUUCAAGCAUGCGAUGUCACUGAUGCUAUUUCAUGCUUUCGCCUUUCCUACACAUGUAGUCUGCACCUUGUUGCUCCUGCGUUCUCUACAAUCAUCGGAAGAACACAGGAUAACAUUUUUCUUAGGUUUGUCGACUCCAUCAAUGUACAGACUUUGUGCUUAGCUCAGCAUAUGUAAUGUGUCAACAUAGUCAUCAAUGCAGUAGUUUUAGCUGUGCCAAUACAUUUCUUUACAACCAAUGGCACCUGAUUCCUGGUGCUAUAGAGAAUUCUCUGCUCUUGUGUUGGCAUUACUAUAAUCUGUCCUGGGGAGCUUUAUCUGAAACCCAACAGUGACCACCGUUCAGUUGCUUUGCUAUAUGUCACACUCACCUGUCAGCUGAAGGGUUAAUUUAUCCAGUGUCAGAGGUUGGAGGCCAUGCUCUGUUACAGCUGUCUAAUGUAUUAUAAACAUAUUAUUUUAUAUAAAUAUAUAUAUAUAAGGAAUGAAGAAAGUGUGCUGCUAUGUUAUACCGCCAUAAUAAAGGUUAUAUAGGCUGCAGAUUACAAAGUUCUAGUGCUGGAGAAGGCCUCAUGCAUAGGACAGCCUUAGUGUAAUGGUAUGUCAAAAAGCCUUACACCAUAACUGGUUCUUUUGGAUAUACAACCUAGUCUAUAAUAAAUGUUUAAUACACUGCAAACAAAUAUGGACUGGGAAGAAAACCUUUUUACCCUUUGCUGUGAUGAGGGCCACUGGCAGCUAAUUGGUAUCAGUGUAUUUUACUGCAGAGCAAGUCUAGUUUUUAUAGGCUACAGUUCCCUGCUCCAGCAUAUAUUAAAUUUGUCCCUUUACAUUAUAAUGAAUCAACUAGAUUAUUAUGAAGAGAGCAGUCAAUGCUGUAGUACUUUUCGUUUAGCCUUGAGAAAAGCACAUAGCAAAGAGUGAUGAAUGUAUAGAACAAUCUUUUCUUACUGUAGUUUUGCCAAAAUUGGUGCGCCCAGCGAGCGACAAGCUAGGGCUCAUUACAGUUACAAAGAUGAACUUUUUUGCCUUCUAACCCAAAUGUGCCAGUUAAAGGUUUUCCUCAAGGAGAAACUGCCAGUGUGUGAAACAGACAGGAUUAUUUCAAAUCUGUAUUUACCAAAUGGUUCGCUACUGGUUAAACAUAUGGGUCAAUUUUACAGUAGCAACACGGAGACUCUUCAGAAAACAUAACUACAUUAAUCAAUCUCAUAUGUGAAUUAUAUUGGUGUUCAGAAUCUGGGUGUAUAUAUUUUUCCAAUAUUUAUU